CAUCAUCACUUCUCUUUUAUUAUUAUCUCUCUCUCUCAGAGGAAGUGGGUGUCUCUCUGUCACGGUCAGCAGUUAAUGUUAAACACGUAACCAGGAAAGAAACACUAAAACUCAUCUGAACACACAUCGAGAGCUUCAGAAGAACUGAAUCUACAGAGAUCACUGAAGAAGAGAGAAGAAUGAAGAUCAUCUGGACUUGCACUCUGCUGAUGAUUCCUGGUGUGUUGAGCUCCAUCAGUGUGACAGGAUAUUCAGGAGGACGAGUCAACAUCACAUGCAGAUAUGAUAGAGGAUAUAUAGACAAUGAAAAGUAUUUUUGUAAAGGACAGAAUCCAGGAUGCACCGACCUCAUCAAGACGGAUAAAAAAAAUGGUGAAAAAUGGGUUGAUUCUGGAAGAUUCUCUAUGUAUGACGACACAAGAGCAGCAGUUUUCACUGUGACCAUCAGAGAUCUGAGUGAACAGGAUUCUGGGACAUACCAGUGUGCAGUUGAUAUCUCUUUGGCUAAAGAUGCCUACACUGAAGUGAAUCUGAAUGUUGUAACAGAUGAUUUUUUAUUUUUUGCAGCGUAUCCUUCUGUUGACCCCUGCUACAACUACACUGUGCUGGACGAUCCAUGGAGAUCCACCAGUAAUACAUAUUCCAACAUGUGUGACGAGUCUGCCACCUGGAGUGGCUGGUAUCGUCUCUUCAUUAACGGUCUGAGCGCUCAGAUCCCAGACACAUGUGUUGCUCAGUACAGCUGUGGCACUGCUGCCCCACUGUGGAUUCGUGGUGGACACCCAACAGUACAUGAUGGAGUCGUCACUCGAGAUGUCUGCGGUCACUGGAUCAAUUACUGCUGCUAUUACGGGUCUUACCCCAUGAAAGUCAAAGCCUGUCCAGGCAAUUAUUAUGUCUAUGAGCUUGUUCGUCCCAAUGAAUGCCCUUUAGCAUACUGUGCAGUUGUUACUAACAUCAGCAGCACUCAUACAACAGUCACACCAGAGACGAGCCCAGCUGUUAUAAAUAUAACGCUGCCAGAAGAAUGCAACAGUCAGACCCCUGGAGGAUGUUUUCAAAAUCUGCUUGAGCAGAUCGAGAACAUCACAGUGCUUCCUUUAAAUACUGUGACAAACAUUUUGACUGUGGCCUUCAACGCUUCAGAGAAGAUUUUAGAGUCAUUAUCAACAGCAAGCCAAGCUGAACUAGCCUCCCACGGAAACCUUGUGUUAAAAACCAGUGAGAAACUGAUUUCUACAUUAGUGAAGCCGACAGACACAAGUGACAGUGUCAGUUUUACUCUUCCUGCUGUAGAGGGUCAAGUCUUCAUGGUUGGACCAAAGGUCACCUUAGAUAAAAUCCCUCGACUUGACACGACAAAUUCUUCUGUGGACAUCGAUCUCAUUGGGAUAUCCAAGAACAACACUGAAAGAUCAGCUGCUGUGGCUUUCAUGAGCUACGUCACGAUGGAGAAUCUAUUGAAGUCAGACUUCUUCUACACAUCAAAUGACACAAUUAAAACCAUGAUGUCCACUGUGAUCUCAGCUACUCUUCCCAAAACCACCAAUACUAAACUCACCAAACCAGUCAACUUCACCUUCAGACACAUCAGAGAGUUUGAUCCCAGUGGUUCUCUGUCCUGUGUGUACUGGAAUAUCAGCAAGUGGAUUGUAGAUGGUUGCUCUGUUUUAGAGACCAACAGCAGCUACACUGUGUGUUCCUGUGUUCAUCUGUCCACAUUCACUCUCAUCAUGCAAACCAGCCGCCCAACAGAGAGUGACCCGCUGCUGGAUCUGUUGAAUUUGGUGUGUGUGAUCGUGGGGUUGGUGUUCUUCAGUUUGGCCCUGUUGACCUUUGCCCUUUGUCAGUGGAGUCCUUUAGUGAAUAAUGUGGCUCGAAUCAACAUCUGCAUCAGUCUUCUGCUGGCUCACCUUCUGUUGCUGCUCACACAGCAGUUCCUGAGCCUCAUACGGCGUCAGCAGGUGUUGUGUGCCGUGAUCUCAGGCCUUCUGCACUUCCUCUUUCUCUCCGCCUUUGUGUGGAUGUUCAUUGAAGGUGUGCUGCUCUUCAUCUGUGUGAAGAACCUAUCACAGAUCAGCUCCAAAAAGAGGAAGGUGCUUAGCACUGGAUUCCUGUGUGUGAUUGGAUAUGUGGUUGCUCUGGUUGUGGUGUGUGUGUCUGUCGGUCUGGUUCCUGAAGGCUAUGGCAGCAAACACUGCUGGAUUAAAAUGGAUAAAGGCUUCAUCUGGAGUUUUCUGGGUCCUGUUUGUGUCAUACUAGCGUUAAACACAAUUCUCUUCAUCAACAUCAUCAUCAGUCUGAACUCUGCUUUCAAAAGUCUCAAUGCUGAUGUUUCACAGAUUAAGCAAACCAAGAUUAUGGUGUUUAAAACACUGGCUCAGUGUGUGGUUCUUGGUUGCCCCUGGAUUUUGGGUUUCUUUAUUAAUGGCAGUAAGGUGCUGGAGAUCAUCUUCCUGAUCUUGAACUCCCAGCAGGGAACCUUCAUCUUCCUGAUCUACUGUGUCCUCAAUAAUAAGGUCAGGCAGCAGUACAGGAAGUUCUUCAGAUGUCUUUGGUCAAACAACACAGAGGACCACACCAUCACAUUUAGAGUAAUAACCACUGAAUAAGUAAUAAGUAAAUUCUGCUCAAGUGCCAUUAAUAUACAGCUGAUUUUAUAUAACAAAAUAUAUUUUUUUGUAUGCUAAAUGUUAUAGUCUCAGAUCAUUCUGCAAAUGAAAGAAAAACAUGUUAUUCUACAGUGUCUUAUUUUAUAGCUUCU